UAACAGUGUCUUAGGUCUGCAGUUAGACCGCUUUUGUCACAGGCGCCCUUACCAUCGCUCUCCGUCGGGGUUUUGUUUCGAUUUAUUUUCCACCGUGGAAACCAAACGAGAUAACGGAACAAAGUAAUUCGCCGUUUCCGCGUGGAAAAGACGUCCAGUUCCUUCAGGCUACAGGUAAGGCAUGGGCUGACGGAAAGGGACCAAUCACAUGACGUGAUGUUGGCCCGUAACGGCUUCCUCCUCCUGGUGGUGGUGAGUGGGACAGUACUGACCAUCGUCAGUUUCAGCCUCCAGUUCUUCAGUGAAAUCACUACGACUCCUGUUGUGGAGGAGAAACCCCUUCAGGCUGCAAAUGGAGCUGUCGGUGUGUCUCAAGUCAAGAGCAGAAAGCGAAUAUUUCAGGUGCCUCAAACUCAGAAGCCCAAUCCCAUAAAGGAAGCUUUUGGCUACUGCAACAUCCCAAAUCGCACUGAACAAGCAUGGGAAGGUCACAGUCCGGCAGACUAUACGCUGCUGUCUGUCCAGAUAAUGAUUCGCCAUGGGGACCGUUACCCUCUCUACUUUAUUCCCAAGACCAAGCGGCCAGCCAUCAACUGUACCCUGUCAAUUACCAGGAAUCCUUCGCACCCUCUGCUGAGCGCCUUCAUUAGUCACAUGGGCCAAGGAGGCCGUGGGCACUGGGAGUCUUCUUUGGCUUCUGUCCCUCGCCUACCUAACCACAGCGCUUGCGAGAUGGGAGAGCUCACACAAACCGGUGUGGUGCAGCACUUACGUAAUGGACAACUCCUCCACCAAGCCUACCAGCCCCACCGCCUUGUCCCCUCCAACUGGUCACCUCGCCAGGUGUGGGUAGAAACUACAGGGAAGAGCCGCACUCUUCAGAGCGCACUUGCCUUCCUCUACGGCUUCCUCCCAGAAUUCGACUGGAAGAAACUGACCGUGCGUCACCAGUGGAGCACUCUGUUCUGCGGCUCCGCCUGCGACUGCCCCGCCAGGAACCGAUACCUGGAGGAGGAGCAGAGAAGGCAGUAUCGUCUCAAGCUGGCCGAUGCGGAACUCGACAGAACCUACGCCGACAUGGCACGCGCUUUGGGUAUUCCCACACGCAAUCUCAGAGCCGCAAACCCGAUAGACUCCCUGCUGUGCCACCUGUGCCACAACCUUCCUUUCCCAUGCGCGUCCGUGGAAGACGGCAGCGCAGGCGAGUGUCUAACAACGGCCCAGUUCGCUGUGAUUCGACGGCAACAGCUGGAUGACGAGGUGGAUCGGCGAAGAGCGGGACUCUAUCGUAAGUACGCCAUCCUGGCUAUGUACCCCUACCUCAACAAAACCGCCGCCAAAAUGGAGCGCCUUGCCAAGGCCGGUAAACAAGCGGCGAAAGCAGGGGGAGACGAUGUGUUCACCCUCUCCUCCGCCCACGACGUGACCAUGGCGCCCUUGCUGAGCGCCCUCGGUCUGGAGGAAGCCAGGUUCCCGCCAUUUGCCGCAAGACUGGUGUUUGAAUUGUGGAAGAGCCCCUUAGGGACUCAGGCGGAGAAGAAGCGGGUUCUAAGAGGUGAGAAGCUAAAAGUAAGAAAUGGAGGAUAUUUCAUCAGGUUGCUGUACAAUGGAGAGGAUGUGACUUUCCACACCGCUUUCUGCAGCUCCAUAGUCCGACGCGCCAGCCAGCCACUCUGUCCUCUGAAGAACUUCCUGUCUUUCGUCAGGAAAGACAUGUUCGUUGUUGUCAAUGCUACGUCCUACCAGGAGGCCUGCUUUAGGCACUGAAAGAUAGCCUGUCUUUACACUUCUGUUUUGUUGUCUGCUAGUGUGGUGUCAUACAAAAACAGUGCUACCUUGGUUCUCGUUCGCCCCCGUUGUGACAAAAUGGUAAAUGGGCGCAUACGUGUAUAGCGCUUUUCUACCUUCAAGGUACUCAAAGCGUUUUGACACUAUUUCCACAUUCACCCAUUCACUCGCACAUUCACACACUGAUGGCAGGAGCUGCCAUGGAAGGCCCUAACCACGACUCAUUAGGAGCAAGGUUGAAGUGUAUUACUCAAGGACACAAGAGACGUGACGAGGUUGGUAGAAGGUUGGUAUCGAACCAGGAAUUGUCAGGUUGCUGGCACGGCCACUCUUCCAACAGCGCCACGCCGUCCCCCGAAGUACCCAAACAAAGAAUCUUACGCGUUUGUGACUUGGUCUGUGUACGUUUUUAAAAGUAUGACAGCAAAAUAAGCUACCGUGGCUCAUAAAAAAAGUAACAAAUAGCACUCUGAUAAAAAAAAAAGUUAAAAAUAUAGAGUUGAAGAAAAAACAUGUAGUGUCAUCCCUUCCUCUCAAUUAAACGAAGGUAAACAAUGAUGUACAGUCGUGGUCAAAAGUUUACAUACACUUGUAAAGAACAUAAUUGUUGGUCACAAAAAACAUUCAUGAAGUUUGUUUUUUUCUAUAAUUUUUUAUGGGUCUACUGAAAAUGUGACCAAAUCUGCCAGGUCAAAAGUGUACAUACAGUAAUGUUAAUAUUUGGUUACAUGUACCUUGGCAAGUUUCACUGCAAUAAGGUGCUUUUGGUAGCCAUCCACAAACUUCUGGUUGAAUUUUUGACCAUUCCUCUUGACAAAAUUGGUGCAGGUCAGCUAAAUUUGUUUGGUUUUCUGAAAUGGACUUGUUUCUUCAGCAUUGUCCACAUGUUUAAGUCAGGACUUUGGGAAAGCCAUUCUAAAACCUUAAUUCUAGCCUGAUUUAUCCAUUCCUUUACCACUUUUGACGUGUGUUUAGGGUCAUUGUCCUGUUGUAACACCCAACUGCGCCCAAGACCCAACCUCCGGGCUGAUGACUUUUGGUUGUCCUGAAGAAUUUGGAGGUAAUCCUCCUUUUUCAUUGUCCCAUUCACUCUCUGUAAAGCACCAGUUCCAUUGACAGCAAAACAGGCCCAGAGCAUAAUACUACCACCAACAUGCUUGGCGGUAGGAUGGUGUUCCAGGGAUCUUUUCUCCUUGAAUUUGUGGAAUUGAAUGCUACGUACGAUAUUUCAAACAAAAUUAAACUACUAUUGGCUUAUCCGGAGACUUACUCCCAGACUUUGUAAACAGUAACAAAACAGAUACAAAAAAUGUAAAAAAAGAUUUUGAAAUAAUAAAAAGAAUAAAAAGAAAAAUAUCAAUCUGAUUACUUUCGUAUGUUGUAUAUACUGAUACUAUAGUAGGUGUCGGUGGUGUUGACAUCUCAAUCAAUCACCUCUGCUGCACAUUGAAGCUUUAGCAGUUAGCUUCUUGUGUUGUCAUGCUUGGUGUGUGUUUGUAUCAUGCUUAGCCAUUCCUUUCCCAAAAGUCCUCCAGUUUUAAUGGUAUGUGGAAGAAAAUGUGUUUGUUUUCUGCCAUAGUGGGGAGGAUUAAUGGUCAGGCGAUGCGUUCCUUGCAGAUUGCUCUCAAAUUCCAGCAAGUGUUCUGGAAAUUAACAUGUAACAUCUAACCUCCUGCAGGAUGGGGAUUGGAAACUAUAAUUCUCUAUACAAUGUUUUGUUUUCAUAUCUACAUUAUUUUUUACAGGGAAAAUUGAUUGGUACCAUUUAAACCUUUUGGAACGGAUUCCUAACUGAAACCGAGGUAUCACUGUAUGUAUUUCCACUCAUAUCUAGUGGUAAACUCUUCAAACAUGUCAAUGGUUAUAUUGUUUACAAUCAAUUCACUAACAACUGUACUUUGUUUUUACUUGUGACAUUGUUAUGGGGCUGCAGGUGUUAUUACCAAGAAGGUCGAGUUUCUUAAAUACAGUAAUAUACAUUACAGUGCCAGUUGUCAAACAUAAAUGUAACAUAGAACAUCAAGGUAGUCGCACUAAGACACUUUAUUCUUACAUUGUACCAGUCAUUCUUUACAUUCCAGAAAAUGGUCAUUUUACAAAUAUUCUUGCAAAAAAGUCAAAUACUAUGUUGGAUUAAACAGUUUGUCAAA